UUGUGGAGCCGCGCGGGAAGGCGCGGAGCUGUGGGGGCGCUGCUGGCUGGGCGCAGCGGCUCUGAGAGGGAACGGCCGGGCGUGGUCGCAUGGAGCACAGCGGGUCUCGCGAGCCUUCCUCUCCAGCCUCUCCGAGGCGCCUGGGGCCGGGGUCCUGAGCGCUAUUCCUAUGGCAACGCCCCUCUGGCGGUCCUGGACCCCACGGGAUCACGGCGGGAUGCGGAGCUGGUCGCGAGAAGAAGUGGCCAAGUUGGAGAAGCACUUGAUGCUUCUCCGACAAGAGUAUGUCAAGCUGCAGAAGAAAUUGGCAGAGACAGAGAAGAGAUGCACUCUUCUGGCUGCGCAAGCCAACAAGGAAAGCAGCAACGAGUCCUUCAUCAGCCGCCUGCUGACGAUCGUGGCCGACCUGUACGAGCAGGAGCAGUACAGUGAUCUGAAGAUAAAGGUUGGGGGCAGGCACAUCAAUGCUCACAAGUUUGUCCUGGCGGCCCGCAGUGACAGCUGGAGUCUGGCCAGUUUGUCUUCCACCGAGGAGCUGGACCUGUCAGAUGCUAACCCUGAGGUGACAGUGACAAUGCUUCGCUGGAUCUAUACGGAUGAAUUGGAGUUCAGAGAAGAUGAUGUGUUCCUGACUGAGUUGAUGAAACUAGCUAAUCGGUUUCAGCUACAGCUCCUUAGGGAGAGAUGUGAGAAGGGUGUGAUGUCUCUGGUGAAUGUCAGGAACUGCAUCCGCUUCUAUCAGACUGCGGAGGAGCUGAACGCCAGCACGCUGAUGAACUACUGUGCAGAAAUCAUAGCGAGUCAUUGGGAUGACUUACGGAAGGAGGACUUCAGCAGCAUGAGUGCUCAGUUGUUGUACAAAAUGUUCAAAUCUAAGACUGAGUAUCCGUUACAUAAAGCUAUCAAAGUGGAGCGAGAAGAUGUGGUCUUCCUUUAUCUAAUUGAAAUGGAUUCACAGCUCCCUGGGAAGCUGAAUGAAUUGGAUCAUAAUGGAGAUCUUGCUUUAGAUCUAGCCCUUUCGCGGCGACUGGAGAGUAUUGCCAGCACACUGGUUAGUCACAAAGCUGAUGUGGACAUGGUGGACAAGAAUGGCUGGAGCUUGUUACAUAAAGGAAUCCAAAGAGGAGAUCUCUUUGCUGCCACUUUCCUCAUUAAGAAUGGGGCCCUUGUCAAUGCUGCGACGUUGGGUGCCCAGGAGACGCCAUUGCACCUUGUGGCAUCGUACAGUUCAAAGAAGCACUCAGCAGAUGUAAUGUCCGAGAUGGCGCAGAUUGCAGAGGCCCUGCUGCAGGCUGGUGCCAACCCCAACAUGCAGGACAGCAAGGGCAGGACUCCCUUACACUUGUCCAUCAUGGCCAGGAACGAAUACGUGUUCAAUCAGUUGCUGCAGUGUAAACAGUUAGAUUUAGAGCUGAAGGACCAUGAGGGCAGCACCGCUCUGUGGCUUGCAGUGCAGUACAUCACCGUGUCUUCCGACCAGUCUGUAAACCCCUUCGAAGACCUCCCCGUGGUAAAUGGGACUUCAUUUGAUGAAAACAGCUUUGCGGCCAGACUCAUUCAGCGUGGCAGCAACACCAAUGCACCUGAUACAGUAACAGGAAAUUGCUUACUGCAGCGGGCAGCUGAAGCAGGAAAUGAGGCCGCAGCUCUUUUCCUGGCAACCAGUGGCGCCCACGUCAACCACAGAAACAAGUGGGGAGAAACCCCGUUGCACACAGCCUGUCGGCACGGCCUGGCCAACCUCACCGCAGAGCUCCUGCAGCAGGGGGCCAACCCAAACCUGCAGACGGAGGAGGCCCUGCCGUCGCCAAAGGAGGGUGCAUCCCUGCCCAGCUCCGCAGACAGCGUCUACCUGCAGACACCGCUGCACUUGGCGAUUGCCUAUAAUCAUCCAGAUGUCGUGUCUGUCAUCCUGGAGCAGAAAGCUAAUGCUCUUCAUGCCACCAACAACUUGCAAAUUAUUCCGGACUUCAGCCUCAAGGAUUCCCGAGACCAGACUGUGCUGGGCCUGGCACUGUGGACUGGCAUGCACACGAUCGCAGCCCAGCUGCUGGGCUCCGGGGCUUGCAUCAACGACACCAUGUCGGACGGGCAGACCUUACUGCAUAUGGCCAUGCAGCGGCAGGACAGCAGGAGCGCGCUCUUCCUGCUGGAGCAUCAGGCGGACAUAAACGUCAGGACUCGGGAUGGGGAGACAGCCCUCCAGCUCGCCAUCAGAAAUCAGCUUCCGCUUGUAGUGGACGCCAUCUGCACCCGGGGCGCUGACAUGUCCGUGCCCGACGAGAAGGGGAACCCCCCGCUGUGGCUCGCGUUGGCCAGUAACCUGGAGGACAUCGCAUCCACUCUGGUCAGACAUGGUUGUGAUGCCACGUGCUGGGGUCCAGGACCUAGCGGGUGCCUCCAGACCCUGCUGCACAGAGCCAUUGAUGAGAACAACGAGUCCAUCGCCUGCUUUCUUAUUCGCAGUGGCUGUGAUGUGAAUAGUCCCAGACAACCUGGUGCUAAUGGAGAAGGAGAGGAGGAGGCCAGAGAUGGGCAGACCCCCUUGCACUUGGCAGCCUCCUGGGGGCUGGAGGAGACGAUACAGUGUCUUCUGGAGUUUGGUGCCAAUGUAAAUGCACAGGAUGCAGAAGGCAGAACGCCUGUCCACGUGGCCAUCAGCAACCAACACGGCGUCAUCAUUCAGCUAUUGAUUUCUCACCCUGAGAUCCACCUGAACGUACGAGACAGACAGGGCCUGACCCCCUUUGCCUGCGCCAUGACCUACAAGAACAAUAAGGCAGCCGAGGCCAUCCUAAAACGAGAGUCUGGGGCUGCUGAGCAGGUGGAUAACAAGGGCCGGAAUUUUCUUCACGUGGCAGUUCAGAACUCUGACAUUGAAAGUGUCCUGUUCCUGAUCAGUGUCCAAGCUAACGUGAAUUCCAGAGUCCAGGAUGCUUCCAAGUUGACCCCUUUGCACCUUGCUGUGCAAGCAGGCUCAGAGAUUAUUGUCCGCAAUCUGCUUCUUGCAGGAGCCAAAGUGAAUGAAUUAACCAAGCACCGCCAGACCGCCCUCCAUCUCGCUGCCCAGCAGGACCUGCCCACCAUCUGCUCAGUCCUCCUGGAGAAUGGAGUGGACUUUGCUGCUGUGGAUGAGAAUGGAAACAAUGCUCUUCACCUCGCGGUCAUGCAUGGCCGGCUCAACAACAUCCGGGUCCUCCUGACGGAGUGCACCGUGGACGCCGAAGCCUUUAAUCUAAGAGGCCAGUCGCCCCUGCACAUUUUGGGACAAUAUGGCAAAGAGAAUGCAGCAGCCAUCUUUGAUCUCUUCUUGGAGUGCAUGCCUGAGUACCCUCUGGAUAAGCCAGAUGCAGAAGGAAACACGGUGCUGCUCUUAGCCUACAUGAAAGGGAAUGCCAACUUGUGCCGCGCCAUCGUCCGCUCUGGGGCCCGCCUUGGGGUGAACAACAACCAGGGAGUCAACAUCUUCAACUACCAGGUUGCCACCAAGCAGCUGCUGUUCAGACUGUUAGACAUGCUGUCCAAGGAGCCCCCAUGGUGCGACGGCUCCAAUUGCUACGAGUGCACUGCCAAGUUUGGAGUCACAACUCGCAAACAUCACUGUCGUCACUGCGGACGUCUUCUUUGCCAUAAAUGCUCGACCAAGGAGAUUCCUAUUAUAAAGUUUGAUCUGAACAAGCCUGUGCGAGUUUGCAACAUUUGCUUUGAUGUACUGACUCUGGGUGGGGUCUCCUAGUGAGCCCCCAGGAAGGUCCAGGCCACAUCCUCAGUCGCCUCCCCAGCAGCUGCUCUGCUCACCAGCCUGACCCCACCCAGAGCAGGAGCUGGCAGUCGUCUUCCUGCGGCGAUAGACUGCAACAGUUAAGGACCAUGGUGUGAUAGAUCCCAUUUCAAAUGAUUCUGUAUGAUUGUCAGACUGUGAUCAAGUUCACUAGAUGUCUCAUUCAUUGGACCAGGCCAUCUAGCCUAAGUGAUAAAUGUGAUAGGAAUUAAACCCCAUUCUGCUAACUACGUACAAGGACAGUUUGAAAAGCAUUUUCCCUUCCAGUAGCUUAGUGUCCAUCUCAGAGCAUUCAUGAAGUCUUCCUGCCUGGGCAGACUUUCUAGGCAGAGCCUCACAGUAGAAAGCUGGCGUCUGGCUGCCUGACGAGAGCUGGCUUUACUCUAGGGUAAGUGGCUGUGGACUUCUGCACAGUGUUUUCAUAAAGAUAAUAGGAUCCUCUUGCCCUGAAGUCUCUCUCUCUUUUUUUUUUUUUUUUUUUUUUUGAAAAGCUAAGCUAUAUUUUUAGUGAGCUACCCCUUUAAAAAAGGUGAAAUCUUUCUAAACAGGGUUCAAAGAUGAGAGCUGAACAAUUGUGGCCUUAACAACUGAAAGCUUUACCAGUAUUCAUGCUACUCGGGCGUCAGGAUUGCAUUUUGGCAGCUUGACACCCCCUAGCAGCCGUCUCAUUCUCUCAUCUUGCUGUGUCCUGUCUGUGGAGUCCUCAGUCAUCUGCUACUAGGCAGUGGUAGAGGAGAUGCACUUUUAUUGUGCUGCACUUUUUAUAUAGCUGCAUUAUUGGUGAUUCCAAUUUUAAAAUCCAUGUUCAAAAAUGCCCUCGCACACCUGUGCAUCAGCGAGUCUAAUGAUUAGCUGUGACUGGACCUCCGCUCACACUGAGUCUUAAAGGGACAAUUCCUGCGGAGUGUCAUUUGGAGCAAGAACGUCACACGGGCCCAGGGAUGAGAAAGGGAGUCUCCAGCCUCCCAUCUCCUGACAUGAGUGCCUCUUGCUGAAACCCUCCCAGUUACGCUGUGAGUGCUGUUGGUCCCAGGUCCCAGUGCUGUGUAGCUUGCUCUGCCCCCAGGAGAGCUGGCGGCCGAGGGCCCCGUUUUGGAAGGCUCACUCGUAUGCUGAGUGAGGUCCCCAGAGCUUAUUGGACCUUAGUCGCUGCUAGUACACACGUUAACCCUGAGAUGUUAAACUCCUUUUCCUUUGAAGGUUUGGCCAGUUUUUUGAAAGAUGCACAUUUAAAGAGAAACUUCUACCACUGCUAAAAAACACACAAAAACUCUGAGAUGAACAAUAUGUGUUAUAUACAGUUAUACUCAGAGAUUAACAAUCUCAAUCAUACAUACUGAUUUUUUCAGACAUUUAAAUAACCACUACAUUUUUUUUUGCAUUAAUGAAGAUAUGGAUAUAUGUGUAAAAGGGACUAAAUAUUUUUUUGCAACGCCUGUUUUUUUGUUUGUUUGUUUAUUUGGAUAGUGGUAUGUCUUCCAUGUUGCUGUAGAUUUAUACAUCCUAUUGCCUAAAUAUGUGUGUAAAAUGAGCUGAUAAACCAGAGUGCUACUUUUUCUUAAUACUUCUGUGAUUUAUAAGAUAUAUAUGCUUUCUAUGUUAAUAGGAGCUUGUGCACAAUGUUUAAAAGAAAGAAGUAAUUAGAAGAGUUCCCUUGUCCCCUAAAGUCUGUGACAUAUUUCAUAUAGAAUUUUUAUGGAAAAACAGCUAGUCUUGGCAAACACCUGACCAUGUGAAGCAUGGGGUCAAGUUUUUGUUUUCUGUUGCCUGAACCGGGCCUGGGGAAAUGGGGCUUAGUUAGGUGGCUUGGUUCUUUAAUUGGAAAGUAAGAUAAUUACGCUUCAGAUACGAAUUGAGGCGGUCGGUACUUUUUAUACCUGUUCUUUUAAUGUUCGUGGUGGAGAGAGGAUGGGAAUUCAGUCAGCAAUGAGGCUGAUUGUCCUGCCCCUGUGCUACCAGACCAAUUUCAAUAGCAAUCUUGCCUCUAAUUGCACUUAAAAGUCUUAAAAUCAUGUUUAAAAUAGGUUUUUGAGUCCAGCUUCUUUUUCCUCACGGAGUCCAGGGAUAGAGACGGUACUUAGCCACCGAGGGCUGCAGGAACAUCGUGUGAGUUCUGCAUUGGCUUCAGGAUGCGUUCUUGUAGAGGCAGAUAAAGCACCUUUCCAGAGUCUUGGGAAGCCCCCUGACAGGCUGAUGCUCACAGGGCUGCGCACACACGCUCCUUGAGUGGUGGCUGCCCUGGUGGGACUUUACAUGCUCUUGGCCCCCUUUGUACUCUCCACCCUGUCGAGACUUGACUGUACAACUGCCUAGCUGUUCUUGUUAAAUUUUAAUCCGUGGCUUAAAUACUAGUAGCAAAAACUCAGUUUUAUUCAUUCAGAAAGUUGCCAGCUAUGAAUGAGUAAGCAGGAAGAAUAAACUUCAGUGGGAUGUAAUUCGCUGUACCAGUCGACAUUAUUACACUGAAUUAGCUUUUUAACUGCCUAUUGCUCAUCACCAGAUUUGGAUGCAGUGUAUUCUCAACAGUCUUGACUUUUUAAAAAGAUGAAGGUACAAACCAUGUGCUAUCUAUAGAUCGAAAGGCUGAGACUAACCUGCUAUGAUCCCCUAACACAGGACUUUCCCACAGACUUAAGUGCCUACACUUAGGACUUCUUAAUUUUCAGUUAUCUUUUUAGUGGCGUCUCUCUGAAUGAUGUAUUGGAACAUGUGUUCCGUUUGAAGUUUGUUGCCUGUGCUUGUCAACCCCAAUUACCAGUUUGGUCAAGGCCGGGUUAGAUUGCUCAGUUCACCUGCCAUAUUCUCUCCAGGAGUGGGGUCCAUGUGACUGUUUGUCCUCUACCUCAGAGUCCUGAGUUGUUUGUGACUGCCGUGUUCAGCUUCCUCAACUCUUCUCCCUGAAUGGGGCCCUGCAUGGAACUCCGCGUGCUUGCGGGUCUCCCUCCUGUUGUAUUGAACAGUAUCGUGCUAAUGUUGUCUGCAGGCAGGAAGUGGAGGAAAUGCCUUGGGAUGGGGGAGAGCCUUGAUCUCCAUCUAGUUUUUUCUUUUUUUAAUCUGGAGAAAAAACCCUAUUGAACUAUGUAAUGCUUAGAUCUGAAAGGCAAACUAACUCCCCAGGUGACAGUAGCAUGAGCAAGUGUGACACUUCCGCAACAGCCCCACUUGGAGCUUGCAGGCUGAGGCUGAGGGAGCUCCUGAAACAGGCUUUCUUCCAGGACCUGGGAUGGCUUCCCACUGGGCCGGCCCCUCCUAAUUUGAAGCACCAAAGCCCCUGACCCCAUCCAGGGAAAGAAGAAAGUGAGGGAAACAACUUCCUUAAAGGGAUUUGGAAGCCACAUGCUAAUUUUUGGAAGUAAUUUAGUGAAGAGCUGAUUUUUUGACAAGACAUAAACUAAACACUUAGUAAAUUCCUAGAAGUUACAGAUGCCUUAAAGACUUUCUUUGGAAGAUCAUUGCCUGUACAGUUACUUUUUUGUGUGGCAUAAAUAAUAUAUUAACCUGCUACAACUGACAACAUUGGUUUUCUGUAGCUAGCGAGUCUUGAGUGGGUAGCCUGCUCAACUAUGACUUACUGGCCUUUUUUGGCAGCUGUGUGCGGUUGGCUGUUACCGUGACAGACCUGUGUGACAUACCGAGGGGAAGGGCUGGGCAGAAACUGCAGGCACACACGGGUUGAUCGCCUAGGCUUGCAGGCUGGUCCGGGUGGGGCUCAGUGUGGGACGAGGCCAUCAUAUAGGACCACGGCGCUUAUCAGCAUUGUUUCUUUGGAGUCCGUGUAAUGGAAUGUAUUUUUCAAAUAUUGAUAUUUGCAUUUUCUGUAACAAUUCCUUACAAAUAAAAUGAGGUAAAACUGCA